UCUCGACUCUCGAUGAAAAUCAGUGAAAAUGGAGCCGCUUGAGUGAAGGUGGGUGAUUUUGUGCGCGCGCGUGAGUCCGAAAAGUGCUAUCUUUCGGAGAUGUGGCAAGAUUUGGGCGGUCUAGGGAGUGUAGGAGUAAAUUCUGGUGCUCAUCAGGUCGAUCAAUUUGGAACGACGGAAUUGACUCCCGAGCAAGAGAAGAUCCUGCUAGAUAUAAGGCAGAAGAAAACGGAAUUGCUGCUUGAAAUACAACAAUUAAAAGAUGAAUUGGGCGAGGUUGUGGCAGAAAUGGAGGCGAUGGAGGGCGGCGGACUUACGGCCGACGAGACUAAACCGUCCAACAAAGCUAAGCAGACGUCGAUCGGCCGCAAAAAGUUCAAUAUGGAUCCUAAGAAGGGUAUCGAGUACCUGAUAGAGCACAACCUCUUAACACCGACGCCCGAGGACGUUGCUCAGUUUCUCUACAAGGGCGAGGGCCUUAAUAAAACUGCGAUCGGCGACUAUCUCGGUGAACGACAUGACUUCAAUGAACGCGUGCUGCGAGCCUUCGUCGAGUUGCACGACUUUACCGAUCUCAUUUUGGUACAAGCCCUGCGUCAAUUUCUCUGGUCGUUCCGACUGCCCGGCGAAGCACAAAAGAUCGAUCGCAUGAUGGAGUGUUUCGCUCAAAGGUACUGCCAGCUAAACCCAAAUAUCUUCACCAAUACGGAUACUUGCUACGUACUGAGCUUCGCCAUCAUCAUGUUGAAUACUUCGUUGCAUAAUCCGAGCGUUAAAGAUAAGCCCAGCGUAGAUCAAUUUAUUUCGAUGAAUCGAGGGAUUAACAAUGGCGGUGAUCUGCCGCGGGAACUGCUUGUGAGUUUAUACGAGAGUAUAAAAACCGAGCCUUUCAAAAUACCAGAAGACGAUGGCAACGACUUGAUGCACACCUUCUUCAAUCCUGAUAAAGAAGGCUGGCUGUGGAAACAAGGCGGACGUUACAAGAGUUGGAAGAGGCGAUGGUUCAUAUUGAACGAUAAUUGUUUAUACUAUUUCGAGUAUACAACAGAUAAGGAACCACGCGGUAUCAUUCCGCUAGAGAAUAUUCAAGUUCGAGAGAUUCAAGAUCGGCAUAAACCGCACUGUUUCGAAUUGUAUGCUGCUGGUUCCGAGUUUAUAAAGGCAUGCAAGACUGAUAGCGAAGGAAAAGUCGUCGAAGGGAAACAUACGGUAUACCGAAUGUCUGCAGCUACCGAUGAAGAAAAGGAUGAAUGGAUUAAAUGUGUGCGACAAAGUAUAUCGCACAAUCCUUUCUACGACAUGCUGGCAGCACGAAAGAAGAAGGCACAAAAAACAAAUGUACACUCAAAGAGUUAAACGCUGCCAAGAGCCGAGUUUCGAGAGAAAUUCGGCGGAUGAAAAGACUGUUUAUUCGCGAUUCACGUACGGUAAUCAUUGAAUAUAACCAAAUUAUUGAUAACGAAAAUCCAUCGAGAAAGAAAACGCCGAAAGCGUUAUGGAUUAUGCUAGGUAGUUAUCAGGCAAUGAUGCCGUGAUUAUUAAACGCUCUGUGUCUGCACAUAUAGAACGAAUUCUAAUGCCAUAUAACAUUACUGUGGCAUCGGAAAUCGAACACGAAAUAUAGAAUCGGCGCAGUGUAAGAUGGAUAUAUCUAGACGAACAUUAUAUUAAUGACAGUAUGAUAAUAACACAUCGUUACAACAUGAUGCGAUGCCUAAUUGACAUUACAUCUGUGUAAAAAGAAUCUUGCGUUAGAGAGACUUAGCUCUAUUUCCAUUAAUUUAAUGGAUAAAUUGCCUCUAUAUUCUUUCUGCAAAAGAGAAUGAUGCGAUUUUGGAUGCAUUAGAAAUCAAAGUCUUGACUGUAAAUUGGGUAAAUAAUUGUAUCAUAUUGACAUCAUCAAAAUAAUACCUGAGCAAAGAAAUAUCGGCUUAUUUCACUUUUCGUAUUUUGCAAAAAAAAAAAGUCAAUAAUCUCCAGAAUUGUCCUGAUAGAAGCGCAAAGUAGACGCUUUCAAUAUCCUUAUAGUGUCACAUCUGGCAAUAUAUUAUGU